AUGUUCAAUCUCACGUGUAACUCGACGUUGGAGGAUAUGAGGAUCUCUCCGGGAUCCGAAAUCAAGAUCGCCGGACCUCUCAACUUCCACGACCUUGCCCGCGUCAUCUCGGCAGGAUGUACCCUCAUCGCCGUUGUGCUGAGCCUGUACCUCAUUGCCAUGCACGCCACGCACUACACACAGCCCAAGGAACAACGACACAUCAUCCGUAUCCUCUUCAUGAUCCCCGUCUACGCCAUCUCCUCGUUCAUGCAGCUGCAAUGGUAUUGGCGCGCCACCUACUUCUCCGUCAUCUCAGACUGCUACGAGGCCUUUGCCAUUGCCUCCUUUUUCGGCCUGAUAUGCCACUACUCUGCACCCGACCUGCACACGCAAAAGGAAUUCUUUCGAAACCUGCGCCCCAUCCAGGGCUGGGUCCUGCCCAUCAACUGGUUCGCCAAAUGCUGCGGUGGAGAGAGGGGCCCCUGGCGCACUCCCAAGAGCGGCCUCACCUGGUUCAACAUCAUCUGGAUAGGCGUCUACCAGUACUGCUUCAUCCGCGUUGCCAUGACCAUUACCGCCGUCCUCACUGAGCACUAUGGUCGCUACUGCGAGAGCUCCAACUCUCCGGUUUUUGCUCACAUCUGGGUUCUUGUCAUCAAUGCCGUUUCCGUAACCAUUGCCAUGUACUGCCUCAUUCAAUUUUACAUUCAGCUUGCGAAGCCUCUUGCCGAGCAUAGUCUCUUUUUGAAGAUUCUCGCCAUCAAGCUCGUCGUCUUCUUGUCCUUUUGGCAGUCCUCGGCCAUUUCCGUCGGCACCUCGACACUCAACAUCGUCAAGCCCGGCGACGUUCUCGCCUAUCCGGACCUCAAGGUGGGCAUCCCGGCCCUUUUGCUCUGCGUCGAAAUGGCCAUCUUUUCUGUCUUGCACAUCUGGGCCUUUCCCUACCAAGUCUAUCGCCGCGGUGCCUCUUCGGGCUUCUACCCAAGCCCUGAUGCGUCAAAGGGCACCGUUGGUCUGGAGAAGCCCGCUCUGCCGAACAGAGGUGGCUUCCUCGGUCUUCGUGCGCUGUGGGAUGCCAUGAACUUGUGGGAUCUGGUCAAGGCCUUUGGCAGAGGUAUGCGCUGGCUCUUCUGCGGCGUCAAGAGGCGGAAGGAGGACGUCAGCUACAAGCUUGGCACUUCCAACGACGAGGCCCUGAGCAUGAGCAAUCUGCACGAGCCAAAGCCCCAGGGAGCAUACAAUCCCGCCUUUGAAGACCCGACGACAACCGCAUAUCACGGCGUGAGUGGCGGCAUCAUGUCACCGACCGGCGACGAGAGAGUUGGCCUGAUUUACGAUGCUCAACCGAACCCCGACUCAGGCUUGAGGGGACCAUCGCCGCCUGCAGUCUACCAUCAUCCAUCAGAUUCGCAGCAAUACUCGUUCGAUCCGCCUCCAUACGGCGGCGCGGCGCACGCGCAGUCUCCCUACAGCUCAUACGACCAGUCACCUCCACAGCGCCCACCACGGCCUUUUUAA